CAUGGAAUGGAUUCAUUAACAAGGCAAACAAACAACUCAGGAGGAGGUUCUGGUGAGAGAACUGGGAGUGAAAUAACUAGACUCACAUCGUUACCACCAAAGGGCUUCAGUGGAUCUGGCAGUAAGAGCAUGUCCACCAGCUCCUGGGGAACUGCCUUUGAUAAGAAUAUAGCUCAAAACAGCAGCACCUCUUACUUUUCAUCCUCUUCAGUGGGUGUGAAUGCAGGGGAGUUGGAUUCUGAUAUGUUCCUUGGGGAUGAUUCGACUGGGAAUAGCAGGAGUGGAGGGGGAUGUGGAGGCAAUGCAGGUUAUGAAAGUACAUCUGGAACAGGCUCAAGCUCAAAGGGUAGAUCCAGCUCCUCGGGGCUUAUGAGAAGGAUGCAAGAUUCAACCUCCUCCAUCAACCACUCCCCUAUUUUCCUAGAGAGGAAGAGUAUGGCCAGUCACUCAGGGGGAUACGAUGGAAGUUCAAGUGCUAAUUCAUCACCGGAGAUCACAAGGAAAGAUUAUGGCGCAUCCAGAGGAAGGUCUCAAAGCAGAGAGAGUGAAAUCAGGGCCAGAUUACAGAGUGCAUCCCCCUCAACCAGAUGGACAGAACUGGACGAUGUGAAGAAGCUGCUGAAAGCUAGCCGAUCGUCCAGCGUAAGCCCAACACGCUCCUCUGCCUCCUCCACGCUGCCUGUGCCUCGCAAAGCCACAGUCGAGACCAAGAUCAUUAAACAGGGCACCCAGACUGUGUCAGGGCAAUAUGACACCACCCUUCUGGAGUCAGCGUUUCCAUCCUACACAUGGACUAGCUCCACACUACCGUCUAAUAUCUCUAGUGGAACUGCCUUUGGUUUUCAAAGCAGCACAAACAAUAUGUCCCCAGGAUCCUCUCUUGGAAACAGCGCUGCUCCAUCUUCACUCUCAGUGUAUGGCUUCCAGAAUAAUCUUGCUUCAACAUCUAAUUCAGUUCUCACAUCUAAUGGAGUUAACACACAUUUAGGUAUGGCACUAAAACGUUCUCUAGGAUAUGGUGUGCAGAAAAACAUAUCUCAGGGUGUGGGUAGCUCUGGUAUUGUAAGUACAGGAGUCUCUACUUGUACAGGUACUGCUACACAGCCUGUCAAAGAUGAUGCACCACGGAAAUACAUUAUACUUGAGAAGGAGAAUAUUCCUACAAACAGGGAAACGGAGGUGCUCAUAUUGUCUAAGGACAGUGGAAAACAUUUCACUAGCAGCAUCCCAAAUAGCAAAGGAGGGUCAGAUAAUUCAUUGAAGAAGGAGACCAUGGCAACCAGCUACACUGAAUCAGCUCCUGUCAAGUCUAGCUCAAGCUCAUACUAUGGAUCUUCCGUAGUGCCAACAAAAGACAAGGCUACUUAUGCAAAGAUUUAUAAGGACAGUGAUACUGGAAAAGGCGGAGGGGGCUGUCUAGGCUGUGGUCCAAGCUCCUGCUCCUGGUGGAAGUGGCUGCUCGGUCUGCUGCUUGGCCUCCUCAUGCUUCUUGGCCUCCUGUUUGGACUUAUUGCUCUUGGACGCACCCUUGCCCACCAGGCGGAGGAGGUGAGCAAGCUAAAAGCACGAGUGGAUGCUCUUGAGGGCUUGUCCUCUGUCAGGAGUGCCCACACCAGUCGGCUGAGUGACCCUCAUAACGACAUCCACCGCCUUAAGUCAGGCAUUGAAGUGGACAGUGGCGUGGUCAGCCCUGAUAACAGCCUGAGCCUUGGAGCUACUGCUACUGCCACAGACACGGCUGCUCUUCAGAGAACUGUGCAGAGAAUAUUGCAAGCUGAAGUGCAGUCGCAGGCAUUCAGAGCCAGUCUUGCUUCUUCAUUCAAAGGAGAAAGAGGUCCACCAGGGACCAAAGGUGACACUGGUGCUCCAGGAAUCAAAGGAGAUGAUGGUAUUGCGGGAUUGCCAGGACCAGCAGGACGCCCAGGACCUGAAGGGCCAAAAGGGCAAAAAGGAAGUGCAGGUGAACACGGUGUCGAGGGACCACCAGGAGUUAGGGGACGAGAAGGACCCCCAGGGCCCCGGGGAGAGCCAGGCCAAGCGGGCUUUGCAGAGAAGGGUGAAAGAGGUUCUCCAGGUGAACCAGGAUCCCGUGGCCCUCCUGGUCCAGUUGGUCCACCUGGUCUAAAAGGUUCUGCAGGUGCUAAUGGUCUCUCAGGUGCACCAGGUGAACCAGGUCCACAGGGCUUCAGAGGAGAAACUGGCCAUGCAGGACCCAAAGGUGACAGAGGAUCCCCUGGGCCACAAGGAAUUAAGGGCGAUCAUGGUGAAAAGGGUGAUACUGGUAUACCAGGUUUGCAAGGGCCUUCAGGGAGACAAGGACUGACUGGUGAGAAAGGAUCCAAAGGGUCAGCAGGGGCUCCAGGUGCUGAUGGCGAAAAGGGACAAAGAGGUGACCAAGGACCAAUCGGUCUGCCAGGAAUCAGAGGCCCAGCUGGGCCGGCUGGUGAUGCAGGACCUCCAGGACUUCCAGGACUUCAAGGACCUCCAGGUGUUCCAGGAAGUCCUGGGCAACCUGGUGUAAAAGGUGAAACUGGUGAACCUGGAAGAAUUAUUAAUGCAGGAGGAUCUAGUUCAGUGGCCCUUCCUGGACCACCAGGACCACCUGGCUCACCUGGAACAGCUGGUCCUCCUGGAUUAUCAGGUCCUGUCGGUCCUGCUGGACUUCCUGGCCAACCUGGUCCAAAAGGGGAUAAGGGGGAUCAAGGAGAAUCUGGGAUCCCAGUACAAACUCGUGAGACAAUUAGUUCAUCUAGAGCUGAGAGAAAAUAUGGUUCUUCAGAUGCUUUCCAGGUUGUUCAGGGCCCACCUGGUCCUCCUGGGCCUCCUGGACGUCCAGGAUAUGGGAGACCAGGUCCAAAAGGAGAAAAGGGAGAGAGGGGAGAAAUGGGAAGUUUUGUUCCCAACUCAGGGACAUUCUUUGCUGGACCACCAGGGCCGGCAGGGCCUCCAGGACCUAGAGGAGAAACAGGUUCCCAAGGACCUAGGGGAUACCAAGGGGAGCCAGGCCAGCCUGGCCUACCUGGCCUACGUGGAGGAUCAGGAGAUGCAGUCAGAUUCUCUGAGUAUAGAGGAGCUCAAGGCCCUCCUGGACCUCCAGGGCCUCAAGGACGCCAGGGUCCUAAAGGGGACAGUGGAGUUCCAGGUGCUCCAGGGAUCCCAGGAACAUCAGGAGGUUCAGUUGCACAUGGUCUUCCAGGUGCCCCAGGACCUCCUGGUCCACGAGGCCCACCUGGACACUCUGGAUCUGUGACUGACUAUCGCCGUUACAUCAUUGAGUACAUGCAAAGUGACAGCAUGAAGCAGCAGUUGUCUGGACUCCAGGGGCCACCUGGUCCUCCAGGGGCGUCAGUGUCUAUAGAGGACGUGGCAUCUCGGGUCAUCGCCUACAUUCAGCACUCUGGAAUAAGUGAUGCAACUGGUCCUCGUGGUCUCCCUGGUCCAGCCAGUUCUAUAUCUGUCAGUGAUAUUAUUGCAAUCUUACAGAGGGAUGACGUUAAGCAACAUAUAAUUGGCCCUCCAGGACCACCUGGCCCUGCAGGAGGCAUUAGCGUAGCCAACUUUGACACACAUGAAGUGGCAAAUUAUGUCAUCAAACUAAUGAAUGAACAUGGUUUGACAGGUAGACCUGGACCUCCUGGAUCUCCUGGGCCCCCUGGACCACCAGGGGCCACCUACAGUGACAUUACAGCUUUGAUUGAGAGGUCAGGACUUCAUGCGAGAGUUGGCCUUCCAGGGCCUCCUGGUCCUCCAGGGAGACAGGGCCCUCCAGGCUCAGUCGGUCCUCGUGGACCCCCAGGCUCCUCAGGCUCAGGAUACCAGCUAGAAGAUAUCCAGGUCUAUCUACAGAAUUCCGGCUUCAGAGGUUCCCCUGGCUUACCUGGCCCUCCAGGACCUCAGGGCCCUCCAGGGGACUCAAGGGGCCUGGUUUCAUAUGACCGAGCAAAUCAGAGAGAAUACAUUCAUGCUGAGCUUCAAGAGUAUCUCAACAGUGACGCUAUGCGACGCUACAGCUCUGGUCCCCCUGGACCACCCGGUCCUCCAGGGCCCCGUGGCGAGAAAGGUGAUCAUGGUGAGUCUGCUUACCGUCAUGGAAGUGGUCUCUACUACGGUGCUGACCAUAAUGGAGGCCAGUUGGCUGAAGCAGACUACUCCAGCGUUGCCUUGAGAGUGACUGACUACAUUCGGAGUCAGGGUCUGCUUCAGGAAAUUAAUGAUGAGUAUUGGCGAGGACAUUCCAUGAGGAUGCAAGGACCUGCUGGACCCCCUGGGCUUCCUGGACCCCCUGGUCACCCUGGAUACAGCCGUGUUUUUGCUUCCUAUGAAAAUGUGACUGCUGACCUAAUGGAUUUCUUCAGAGUACAUGGAACAAUUCCAGGUCCCCCUGGAAGGCAUGGGCAGAAGGGAGAAAGAGGAUACCCUGGACAAAAAGGAGACAAAGGGGAGAUGGGAAGACAGGGAAUACCUGGUGUUCAGGGACCAAGAGGUCAGGAGGGACCAAAGGGACAUAAAGGUGACAAAGGUGAAAUCCAGACAUAUCGCCGAAGGAGGAGCAUUGGUGUAUAGGAUCUUACAUUUGUC